CUCUUCGCGUCCCACAUGAACUUCAAAGAGAAGACGGUGAUUUACUUCACAGCUUUCAUGGAGGAGCCUGAUGACGGAAGCGGACUUAUGGUCAGAGAAGCAUACAUGGUCCGAGGGGACGUGAACUUCAUAAUACUGGAUGAGUCUCGCCUGGAAGCCGGGCCUUGGUACUUUACGGCGGCCGACAACACUUGGUACAUCGGCCGCUUUGCUGCCAAGUUCAUCGACUACUUAGUUUCGAGAGGCCUGGAUUUGGCCAAGACGCAUCUGGUUGGGCACAGUUUGGGAGCGCAAGCGGCGGGAGUGGCCGGCGCAUUUUUAACUACAGGUCGCGUGUCAAGAAUCACAGGUCUGGACCCCGCCGGGCCACUUUUCUGCAAGCUGCCCCUCGAGCAGCGAUUAGACCCCUCGGAUGCCGAAUUUGUUGACGUCAUACACACUGACGCUGGGAUCUUUGGUUUCCCCGUUUCGUUGGGACACGCUGACUUCUACCCCAACGCUGGGAUCAGCCCGCAGCCGGGUUGCGAGCUCGAAGUGGUGCUACCACAACAGCAGUUUUUCAACAAAUGUGACAGAAACACGAAAACGCAAGGCUACUACACAUUCUACUUACUACCUAUCACAGACGCCAAGAAUCUGUCAAAACGAACUGACACACACAAACACAACACACAUUUGACAGAAGAAACGGACGCAACAUAUGAAAAUAACAUGAGAGAAAUGAAAACAGAAGCAUCUCAAGAUAAUGUGAGAAAAACAUCUCAAAAAGAUAUAAAUGAAGAUUCAUACACUAAUAUAAGAAAAAUUACAAUAAAUGAAGGUAAAGUAAAUAAGGCUCAUAAAUAUGAUUUCAAAAACAAAUACUCAUACAAUGGUAAAUCUACUGUUCCUAAAGAAAAUACAGAUGAAGAUAUAUAUGAUGAAAAAGAUUUAGAAACUACUGACGAAGAAGAAUCCAGUCUAGAUUUGACUGCAGAAGAAGCAGAUUUAGAAACGACUCUAACGCGUAUAAAACUAAGAAAUAUAGAUGAAGAAAAGACAAAGCAUAAGAAGUAUCUAGAUGUGAAAAGAAAGACAUUAUUAGACUCUGCAAAAGAUUUAGACUUAAAUUUAAGAGAGACAUAUCCAGGGACAAAUGGAAAUGCAGAGUCACAUGUAAAGAAACGUCAAAGGAGGUUCAUAAACAUUUUUCAAAAAUCCGAAGCUGCAGAAAAUGAUAAUUUCCUAUUUAAGAUCUUGGAGUUUUUGAAUAAGAAUCGUAGACACGCGUUGCCAGUUUUCACAGUGAUGAGAGAGAUAAAUACAUUAGUGAAAAGUGCAAACGGAGAAUUGAACCAUUCGACAAAGGAAAGGAAUAAUUAUAUAGGAUUGAAUCCUCCUGUGUUGCCAUUGGCUACUUAUAAUUUGGAGUUGGGUAGCGAUUCGAAGGUGAAGGCUUUUGUGAAGAGGCUGCUUGGGUUGAAGGUUCAGGGGGAUAGAUUGACUAUUACUGGGUAAUUAGGAGUAAUAUGGAGAAUAUAAUUAAAGGAACAACAAGUUAACAUAUUGAAUACAUAGCAACACCAUUAAGACAUUUUAGAUAAACCCAAAACAGCAUUUACAUAUGAUUUACAUGGUGGCAAACAGCAAAGCUGUAAGAUGCAAUGCACUUAUGCAAAAUCGAACACGAACAACGACAAACGAACUUUAUCGGCUUGAUAACUUUACCGUAAAACUCCCCAAGUAUAGUCUCCCAACUAUGGUCCAAAAUUAACUGUAAAUAUUUAAUUCAGAUGUGCCUUUUCUUAUAUCAUUUUGUAGGUCUAAG